AAUUAAUAAUUAAAAUGUCAUUGUUGUGUUGCGUUGACCAAAUUUUAUCAAAUAGAAAAUGUAUCACCAGAAAAGUUCUAUGUUGUGUGAUGUCCUCCGGUAGAAAAUUCAACAAGUUGUUAAAAACCACAUGAAAGAAUUCUACACCGCAUUAUAUAUUAGAGGUAUGCUUCUUGUGAUCUUUAAUGUUAUCAGAGCCCAGCUAUCUUCUCUGCAGUUUGUGAGGUCUUUGUCAACUCAUCAUGAGAACUCAAGCACCAAACUAUGACUCGUAUGCUGGCACUUCCACUAAUACUUUUGAUGAAACAUUAGCAAGCCAGAAGGAAAUUGAUGAUUGGCUUCCAGUUACGUCUUCGAGAAAUGCGAAAUGGUACUACUCAACUUUUCACAACGUUACGACCAUAGUUGGAGCUGGUGUACUCAGUUUCCCUUAUGGCAUGGCCCAACUAGGAUGGGGUCCUGGUGUGACUGUACUAGUCCUCUCAUGGAUCAUUACACUAUAUACUCUCUGGCAAAUGGUGGAGAUGCAUGAAAUGGUUCCGGGAAGACGUUUUGACAGAUACCAUGAACUGGGUCAGUAUGCUUUUGGUGAAAAGCUGGGCCUAUUUAUUGUGGUGCCCCAGCAACUUCUCGUUGAAGUUGGUGUAAGCAUUGUCUACAUGGUUACUGGAGGACUGUCAUUGCAGAAGUUCCACCGCACCGUCUGUCCUGGCUGUGAUGAGAUCAAAGUGUCCUAUUUCAUUAUGAUUUUCGCCUCUGCUCAAUUUGUAUUAUCCCAUCUCCCCAACUUCAAUGCUAUUUCUGGUGUAUCUUUGGCAGCUGCAAUCAUGUCCUUGAGUUAUUGUACAAUUGCCUGGGCAGCGUGUUUAAAACACGGUAUUGUAGACAAUGUAGAUUAUAAGUAUAGAUCAGAUCUUAGUAAUGCAGGGAAUGUGUUAAACUUCUUUAAUGCCCUUGGCACUGUGGCUUUUGGCUUUGCUGGACACAAUGUGGUUCUGGAAAUCCAAGCAACAAUCCCAUCUACACCAGAGAAUCCAUCCAAGGGUCCUAUGUGGAGAGGAGUCAUUGUGGCCUAUAUAAUCGUGGCUGUGUGCUAUUUCCCAGUUGCUCUAAUUGGUUAUUGGGUUUUUGGAAAUCAGGUUGGCGACGAAAAUAUUCUCAUUGAAUUAAAGACACCAGAAUGGCUCAUUGCCAUGGCUAACAUGUUUGUCGUUAUCCAUUUAAUUGGAAGCUAUCAGAUUUUUGCAAUGGCAGUGUUUGACAUGAUUGAAACGGUGUUGGUGAGGAAACUGAGAUUCAGACCUACUAAAUUUCUUCGUUUUGUUGUGCGUAAUGUAUAUGUGGCCUACACAAUGUUUAUUGCUAUCACCUUCCCAUUCUUCAAUGGUCUCCUAGGGUUUUUCGGAGGAUUUGCUUUUGCCCCAACAACUUACUUUCUGCCUUGCAUAAUAUGGCUUACAAUCCGGAACCCAAAGAGAUUUAGCUUGUCUUGGUGGACUAACUGGAUUUGCAUUUCGCUUGGAGUGAGCUUAAUGAUCGUCGCACCAAUUGGAGGACUGAGGGCAAUCAUAACUGAAGCCAAGACGUACCACUUUUACUCUUAAGUUAACAUUCACACUCUCUGGUGAAAGAGUGAUGUGUAGCAUAUGCAAAUGAAUCGAAACGAAUGAAGCUGAUGGUCCUGAGGUGGAGCCAAUGACUCGUUUAUUGGGGUUCGCCUGCAAAUCUAUCAACCAGUUGAUGGAAAAGAAAACUAUGGCCAGAGGGAUUCUGUUACACAGAUGUACAUUAUAUUUGUAGCUUUCUAUUACGAGUACAUGUUGGUUGUGUUUCAUCAGGGAAAACUAGAACUUUUAUUCCUUUAAUUAUCACUCCAAUUACGAUUA